CUGACCUUGAACUUGAUAACAAGAAGUGACGAUAAUUUAUUUGUUGUUGAAAGGCGGACCUCAAAUCAACCUAACCAAAGGUCCUAUUUAGUGAUUCACGGAACAGUCGAACCGGAUUAACAGACGGCGUUGCUUCUUCUUCUUGUUGAAAAUACACAGGAUAGACUCCUUAAAAACUACAACCACCUCUAGUAUAGGUACAAUCAUCGUCAUCAUACCAAAUAAUAAGUCGGAUUCGGAACAACACAACGAAUAAGGAGUAGUUCUUGUUAGUGUUCCAACAACAAUAAAAAUGACUCGUGGGGGACGCGGCCGAGGUGGAGAUGGAAAGGGAGGAGGCGGCGGUGCAGAAGAUGAGCGUUAUCUUGGACGGCUACGCCAAUAUCUCGGAUCUCUAGGCGACAAACGGGCAAAACAGCAUCAGAAGUUUGGGUUUGUGACAAUCAUACCCCGUGGUGGACCAGAGGAGCAGGUACUUAUUUAUACACUUAAAUCUAUACGCGGCAGCUUCUCAUCUAGCACCACACCACGUUGAGUAGUAGUCGAAUGAGGACAAGAACAAGAGGAUCUACAUAAUAAGCAGAAAGAAGAGCUUAGUCGAACAAGAAGAAGAACAAGACGUGAUCUAAAACCAAUAUUCUCCACAUAAUUCAUGUCCUCCAGCAAGUGGAACGAGAGGAUGCGAUCAUGCACUGGGAAGAAUUUUUUCUGCUUUUAGAACGAUGUGGUGGAACCGUCGAAUCAGGACAAUUGGUGUCUUUCCAUUAAGGCUUGGUAAGUGAAUAAAUGUGAAGGUAAGCCGCGUUUUAUUCUGCAAGUAGUACCGGCAGCUAAAUACUUACAAGGAUCGGAAACAUCGUACUUACACCGUUAUUUUACCUGGUCUUUUCCUUUAAUUUACCAUUCCUAGUAACUGGGGACAUUCUAUCUUUUGCCAGAGUUUGUGGUAGUUUCAUUCAAUAGUACUUUGGAGGUUGAAAAUAUUGAAUUAUCUUACUCUAAACUGAUCUGCGAGAGCACACGAAAGGCGGCGGGCCCUCUGGGAAUAUCAAAAAAAAAGCCACGUGCAUAUAUCCAGAGUAUGAGCCAGCCUUCCACGGAACGCUGCCACCUGAUGAGAUCAGUACUAUUCUCUCUACAUCGAUCUGAGUUAGCGAUUUUGAUCUUCAUCUCGAUAUUGAUCCAAAAAUUUGUUUAGAAUUUUUCAUAGUACUUGCUUGUUAUCAGAAUACAUCCACAUCGAUGCUUCUGAGUUGGCGAUGUUGAUAUCAGUACGAGUCUACUUAUUCGAUCUCGAUGGAGUCCGUUCUAAUGUAGUAAGUACUAAAGUCCGUUCUAAUGUAGUGUAAGUACUAAAAAUUAUCUCUAUCUUCAAACAUGAUUCAAUGAAACCAAAACCCUCGUGCUCGUGUUGAAUCAGUUGAGUCUGGAAAGAAAAUGUAUGAGUUCACCUCUUCAAUGAAAUGUUCAGAUGAGUCUGGAAAGGUGUACCAGUACUCGUUUAUGCGUUUUGGGGAGCAUAAUGAGAACUUCGAUUCUGUGGUGACAGAGUUUCAAGUGAAUCCAGCGAUACCGAGAAAGCGGGAGCUCGGGACAAACGGCUCGCUUCAUUGGGGUACCUUCACCCUGGCUAGACAGAUUCCACCCCUUAAGGCCACUGAUUGAUCGACAUAAGCCGGUUCUUAACUUCAACUUCCCUCCGAAAAGUAAAGAUUGAGUUUAAUCUACUUCUUAAGGUAGUAAUGAUGUCAAUCCGAACAGUAAGAUUGUCUAAUCCGAUAAGUAAUGUAGAUGAAAUAUGACGAAUAUUGCUAGAACUCCUACAGAUGCUCAGGUUUAUUGGUCUAAGGUUUGGAAGGAUAACAUUUUUGCAGCUAGUACGUCUAAUCCGAGAACAAGUCCGUCAGGAACAAAGAGUAUCAAUGUUGACAGUCGUUCUUGAGCCGGCCCCAUAUAGGUAUUAUAAUUGAGAUUAUUCCGCUCUGUAGUGCCUCUCCUUUCCCGCGGAACCAAACUGCGGGAAGGAGAGGCACUACAGAGCGGAGCCUAGAACUCAUCUGCCUCUAGUCUUUCUGGCGACCCAUCUACCCACCUACCACAAUGGGGCCCACCUGUCCACAGCUUUUAUACUUUUUCACUAGUAGUUUGCUUGUUCCAGCACCAAAGGCCUAACGACGCCCGAACCGGCCCCACUUAAGAGCAUCCUCCGCUUCUAAGUUUACAGUGGGUGGAGCAGGAGGUCCGCCAAUGGGCCCGCCACCGCCCGUCCAGCCUAAUUGGAACGACGCAGCGAAUUGGUGUUACAAUCUGCAACAACAACAGGCGUUUGUUCACUACCAGCAACAGCAACAGUUUUACGAUAGAAAUUCAUACUUCAUAACAGACACAGGGGUGCUCGUGUCUAUUCUUGAGAAGGAAUUGACUUUUCGAUUUAAUAUGUACCUAAAUUAGUAGUUUGCUGGUCUCCUUGUUAAUCACCAUCUAGAUCUAGAAUUCCACUCAUCAUCACACUUAGUAUCAGACUUAGGGAGAUGAAUAGAACAAUAGACUACGGUGGUCGCAAAUGGGUACAACAGGGGCACACGCAUGCCAAUAGACUACUAGUUGUAGUGCUGCUUAAUGAGACGCCAUGAUAUUGAUGAUAAUGAGUAACCCAAUCGAUGGGUACCCAACUUUAUGUCACUAGUUGCCAUUUCUCACGCAGAAGACUGCAUGUUGUAUUGACCCUGCCAACUAUCAAAAUAUAUGCUUGAAGAUGUACUCACUGUCUAAGUUUGAGCUUACGCGCAGCAGCAAGCUAUGGCCCCGCACCCACAAUUCUAUUCACAGGCUUGUCCGAUGAUUUCGCCUGCGCCGUCGUCUGUUGUUAAGGCUUGAAGUCAUACUUGUUGAUGUUGUUGUGAUAUAUUCAGUUUCAGAUGAAGAUCAUGAUGCCGCAUCUUGCAGUACUCAAUAUGCCGAUUCUGAACCACCUUCCUGGGACUACUUUGUUCCUGAUAGUACUCACUUGAUCCGAUAAAUAUUGGAUGAUCAACAUGAUGUUGAUACAACUGCUUCUUUUUCUUAGAUAUUGUUCACGACUGAUAAUUAUGCUGAAGAAGAAGAAGAACGAAGCACAAAUGUACGAAGUCGAAUGAGAAGAGGAAGAAGGGGAUGUCGAAGAAAGUAAUUACAAACAAAAAAGAACAAGAAGAACUAUGCUGAUGGAAAAGAAUAACAAGAAGAGGAAGCAGGCGUCCUCUAUUUCUAAUCUCACUGGUCAACCUUCGCCACCUGGACCUGUACCGAUCCACCCUAACGCUGGCCCUGACGGCGGCGCCGAGUCCUUUGCGGUCCGAGCUCAGCGUGCGUGCCACCAACUAUUCAACAACAAAGAAAAUUACGGCACUUUUGUUUUUGCCACUUCUAGAUAGAUACUUCUAGGGCGUAAGUACACGGAUAUUUAUUAUUUAUCCGCUUUCUUAAUAAUAUACUACAACGUACUACAGCCGGUUCGUUUUUCCUCUUCUUAUCAACUAGGUCUACUAUCCCUUCAUGUAAUAUACUACGAACAUGGAUAUUAUGAUCUAGACCUCUCAUCAUUCAUUAUCUACUUCAUCUAGUGACCACUCAUGCUCUGUCUUACUCAACGUCAGCGUCAAUAGCAGACUUCUUUUACCUGUGUAUAGGAUAGUUUCGUUGCUAGUGUUGUUUUUUUGUCGGGACAAAUAUAUGCGAGCUGAGGAUUGAUAAGAUAAUGAUAUGGGAACUCGGCAUCUUUCUUCUAAUGUUUCGUCGCUCCUCGACCAAAGGCGAUGUCAGCAAUGUCGGAAGCCCCUCCUCCAAAGGCGGCGGCUUCGUCGAGUUUGAAGGCGUUGUUUGUGAAGGAAGGUGGACCCGACGGGGUCGAGGACACCCCCCGUGACAGAACAGGAUCCUCGAACAGCGUGCUUCCAGUACCCGGCGCUUCCAGUACCCGGCGGGGAAACACAAGCAAAGAAUCUUCCGAUAAGAAGUCAGGCGCCGACAGGGAGGAGGUCGAUCUGUACAAAGAUCUCGGCGUUGGUUCAGACACUGCGAAAAAGAGUAUGGCAAGGAUUUUGAUUUUCUCUCAAAUGUAAGGGUUUCAUUUUCAAGGAUACAUCGCACCGAACGCGUCCUCAUAAAAACAACAUACAGCGCCAUGUAUAAGAUGUUUUCUCAUCUCCUUCUCCUUUUCCAAGUCCUGAUAUCCCUAGGUCUAGGAUGACCGCUAAGUUUGAGAAAGCAGGAGAGCGUGCAGCCGCAUCUGAUAAGUCGGGUGGAGGAGAUGGGAAAUCGCGGAGAAAAAGAUCCGACUCGCCGAACCGCUCCCCAAACUCCCCAAAGUGCAGAAAGGAGGAUUGUGGUCGACCGACGCGUGCACAACCACCUGUAUGACAAUCUUAUCAAGAGCUACGUAUUCGAAAACUCAAAAUACGCGAGCUACUGACUGAAAUAAGAGAGUCUUGACGACAUUUCUCUUCUUUCAGUAUCUCCCUUAUUUUCAAUAGUUACUCGGUUAUUUCAGUUUUUCGAAUAGUUAUAUUCCUAGGUAGACAAAAUUGGUGGAUUACAUUCGCAUCUUCGACUACGUAGUUUCAUCCUGGAAGGCGUAGAAGGUAUCAGGGAGCCACUUCGUUGUAUUCGAAAAGUGAAAAUAAGCGAGUUACUGACUGAAAUAUGGGACGUAGCUUUUAGAGGCUACUCUUGCUUCCUUCAGUAUCUCGGUUAUUCUCGUCUGUUACUUGCUUACUUCAGUUGAUCGAAUGCUUCUUCCUUGAUUUCUUGUUUUCCUAAGUAGUGAUCACCAUUUCGCACAAUCUACCAAGAACCAUUGACAGUAUGUAGUACAACAAGAACUAGGAAGAUAGAACAAGAGGGUCUCCGAUCUCCUUUUCAUCCUAUUCUGGAUUUUACUUAUUUGGUUUCCUUGUUUCAUCUCUUUCUCUCCUUUUUCGCAUCACAAGAUCAUUCCUGAUCCUCACCCGCCUCUUCAUCACCCGCCUCUUCGUCAAGCGGAGCAGGAGCGGGAGUGGUGUCGCUGCCUGCGACAGCGAAUCCGUACGCGUCUUUUCCGCUAA